GAUCUCGCCCCCUAGUGGCCGCUGCCUGAGCUGCAUCAUCCAAUACCACGUCUGGGAUGCAGCUGUGGCAGGGGCACAGCCAGGGAAUAUCUUGACUGAGAUGCCCAGGGAGUGGGACCUGGGAUCUCUCCCCUCUAGCGGUCGCCAGUUCUGAUCCAGCCCUGGGCGGGAUGCGGGGAACUGGCGAGCUCAGAGAGGCGGAGAAUGGGAUACAGGGGUUUCCCCUUUAGAGGGCGCCAGUUCUAAAUUUCACACCAUCUACUGGGUGGAAUAUCAGAGCCCCUGAGGGGGGUGCUACCCUGCUGCCCCCUAGUGGCUGCAGCUGAGGAUGGCUCAGGCAAGUGGUUCCCCACCGCUGCCACCAAUAACUGCCCAAUCAUACUGGAAGCAGAACCAGCCUCUUCGGGAGCACGAGACGGGAGAACAUGGGGUGGAGAAGAGCCACCCAGCGGAAGCCCUGGCUCCAUCCAGCCUGCCCAGGCUCCAGGAGUCUCCUCGUGCCUGGGAGGAUGUGAGAGUCGAGGCGGGUUUUGUGGACCGGCGAGGAGACGGGGAAGACCCCAGUCUCCCUGCAGACCCCACCAUCGUCCUGCCUCCCACCGCGCCAGCACCUGCCAACAGCACCGAACCGCAGGGCCUCCGGUUCCCGGCUUCGCCCCCUGGGGCCCUGCAUCCCGGCUCUCUGCUCCGGCCCCUCUUACGGGACACGGAGCCGCCCCUCGCCCCGGUAUGGGCCACGCUGGAUGGAGGGGGAGCUGUGGUGUCCAAUGCUGUCCGGCUGGGCCUAGCGGGCCUGGUUCUCUGCCUCCUGGUGCUGAUCGCGGGCGAGUAUGUUCUGUCCAUGAGAAACAAGGACACCUCGGAGACAGAUUCACCCCCAGAUGCUGCUACAACCAUCACUACACUGUCGACGAUAUACGUCCUCCAAGAGAUGCCCAUUCCAGAUGCCUCAGAGGAAUUAUAUGCCAGCCUAAGUUUCUGAUCCUGCUGUAUGAUUGCACACACGUGCUGCCGUUUCUCCUCUGAAACCCGCACUCACCAUCAUCAUUAGCUGGAAUUGUGCUCCUGCAGCGGUGAGUUCCACCGGUCGCGGCCACGCUGCUUAGUAACCUGAGACACUGUGGCAAAGUCCAGUGCAAGCCUGCAUGCUCUCUGCCUGAACGGUCUUUCGUUUAAGAUUGGAAGGGGCUGAUGAGACGAGAAAGAGCAGACGUCAAGCUCCCAGGUUAGAGCCCCAGCCGGUGUAAAUGUGUGUCGCUUUGUUGGAGUCAGUGCAGCCAGAUCCCCACAGCUGUGAAUGAAUAUUGCUCCAUUAGAGACAAACGCACUGGAUUCCCAGCUGGUGUUACUUGGUGUCAUGUUGCUGAAGCUAGCUCAGACCAGUGGAUCCACCGAAGCUGGAAUUCCCCUCCCCUGCCCUCCUUCACUUUUAUUACAGAAGAGAAGAGCGUGAUACAUUAGCCAAUACUUUCUUCCUCCUUUUCGUUUCCCCCCUCGCAUUUCCCACUGCAGAUUAAAGCUGCCCAAGCUUUAAGCA